UUGUUUUUUCCCAUGGUAAAUAGCACGCAUCCGCACAAAACAAAGCAAGCGAGUAUUAAAUUUAAAUCCGGCUUCUGCGUAAAGUAACGUGAAAUAACUUUUUGAAUUGUGCUGAUAAAAUCUUAGACACAAUAAACAUAUACACCUUAACACACACUCACACACACACACACACCCACACAAACAACACACCCACAUUUUGGGUUGUCUAAGGAGGAGAAGGAGGCAGAGGAGCAGGAGCAGAGGCCUCAAAGAGGAGGGAGAAGAAACACUAGGAGGAAAAACGCUUGAGAAAGAAAACACCGAAAACUGAUGCAAAAAUGUCACCCGCUUUCCUCACACUUUUCGCCGUCUUUAUAUGCAUUUUAUUUCGCGUAUUAAAUGUCCAUUCGCAGCCCUUGAAACCAAGCGUUUGGUGUUUAGAUUCACAAUUUUUGGAUUGCCUAUAUAAAAUUGCUCCAGUGUUGAGAGAACCUUAUAUACCGCCACGUUUGUGGGGCUUCAGUGGACAUGUGCAGACUGUAUUGCACAGCAUUGUGGGACGAGUGCGCUGUCCUUGGCCUUUGGGGGAGAGGGUUUAUCUCUCCCUGCAGGAUGGUUCCACAUUAACCUAUGAUCUCUAUCAGCCACUAACAGAACAAGAGGACGACAUCACCGUGGCAAUUUGUCCGGGAAUCGCAAACAGCUCGGAAUCGGUGUACAUACGCACAUUUGUUCAUUUAGCUCAAUGCAACGGCUAUCGCUGUGCUGUAUUAAAUCACAUUGGGGCGUUGCGUAGUGUUCAAGUGACAUCAACACGCAUUUUCACCUAUGGCCAUACAGAAGAUUUUGCCUCCAUGGUUGAGCAUUUGCAUCAGAAGUAUAGCCAUAGUCGCAUCGUGGCUGUGGGCUUUAGUUUGGGUGGCAAUCUGGUAACAAAGUACAUGGGUGAGCUGCAAAAGACAAAGCCUUUGAGUGUCAUUGGCGGUAUAUCCAUAUGCCAGGGUUACAACGCCGUCGAGGGAACCAAGUGGCUUCUAAAUUGGCAAAAUUUCCGACGUUUCUAUCUCUACAUCAUGACUGAAAAUGUGAAAUCUAUUAUUCUACGUCAUCGUCAUGUUCUCCUUUCGGAUGAGGUCAAGGCACGCCACAAUCUGAACGAACGUGAAAUAAUUGCUGCUGCCACAUUGCCGGAAUUGGAUGAGGCCUACACGAGAAGAGUCUAUAAUUUCCCAUCCACACAGGAGCUGUAUAAAUGGAGUUCCUCGCUUUUCUAUUUCGAUACAAUUGAGAAGCCAAUGAUAUUUAUUAAUGCCAAGGAUGAUCCUCUGGUGCCAGAGGACUUGUUGCAUCCCAUCAAAGAGUAUGCGACAACGCGACAAAAUGCAGCCUACAUUGAGGUAGCACAUGGUGGUCAUUUAGGCUUUUAUGAAGGCGGAUUUUUGUAUCCCAAUCCUGUCACCUGGCUGGAUCGCACCUUAGUGGCCAUGGUUGGAUCAUUGGCGUUAAUGCAUGCAGAUGUUAAGAAGUCAUCGACAUAAAGAUCACAGAUGUUGUUAUUUUACCAACACUCAAAUGAUAAAAACAAACAAAAAACGUUAACAAAAUUUAACAAGAAAACGAAAGAAUAUUGCUUGUGUGUCAAAAUUGUAUGUAGCUGUCCAAAUUGAAUUCAAAAUCUAAAUUGGAAAUUUGAAAAACAAAAGAAAAAAUAAUUAGAAAACACGAAACUAAAUUGUUUGAUGUAAAGAAAAUGGAAAACGAAACUAUUCCUAAAAUGGCUGCAUAAAUUAAUGUAAACUUUAUGGCAAAGUGCAUUUAAAACAGAGCAUAAUUAUCUCUAUCAUUGCGUUUUCUAUCAUUUAAAAAAUUAUUGUUUGCCAAUUGAAAUUGUAUAAUUUAUUAACUUAUGUAUAGUUUUAGUUAUAGUCACUGGUAAUUAAAAUCACCACGUUAAGCUAAAUUUUAA